ACACACACACACACACACACACACACUCGUCUGGAGGAGUGGCAGACAGCGUUAGGGACGCGAGCGGAUCCCCGUCCAGUGCUCAGACGAGCAUCCCUCCUUUUUAAGGCCCGUCGGGUCCCGUGUUUCGAGUUUCCUCACCUUAUAAGGAUCAGACCCGGCUGACUGGAAUGUCCCAGACGCUGGGAUGAUGAUGAUGAUGAUGAGGAGGACGAUGAUGGGUUGUUCAGGACUGACCGAUGCGGAUCUGGGUUAGUUUGUGUGGUUCUGGAGUUGAGUCUGCGUGGUUCUCAUCACUCAGCGGGUGGGAUGUCGUAAAUCUGUCGGGUGACUCUGGUACUGAUGGGAGCUGCUUUAGCAUCAUGAGCUGCCAUGAUGCCGGAGGGCGCCGGCGUUACGAGGACUCUGAGUUCACGUUGCACGUGUAUCCCGGCGCUCUGUCCGAGGGCACCAUCUACUGCCCCGUCUCGGCUCGGAAGGUGACGUCAGCGGCGGAGGUCAUCGAGCGCGUCAUCGAGCGGCUGCAGCUGGACCGCGCACGCUUCUACGUGCUCGCCGAGGUCAAGGAGUUCGGCGGCGAGGAAUGGAUCCUGAACCCCUGCGACUGUCCGGUGCAGCGCAUGAUGCUGUGGCCGCGCAUGGCGCUGGAGAACCGGCUGGCCGGAGACGAUUACCGCUUUCUGCUGCGCGAGAAGGAUCUGGACGGAUCCAUCCUCUACGGAAACCUGCAGAUGUGGCUCCGCGUGACUGAGGAGCGGCGGCGGAUGGUGGAGCGCGGACUCCUCCCGCAGCCGCCGUAUGUCGACGAUCUCUGCGCGCUGCCCGAUCUAAACGAGCGCACUUUGCUGGAAAACUUGCGCGGACGCUUUCGGCAAGAGAAGAUUUACACGUACGUCGGAGGGAUCCUGAUUGUCGUCAACCCCUUCAAGUUCCUGCCCAUCUAUAACCCCAAAUACGUUAAGAUGUACGAUAAGCAGCGGCUGGGGAAGCUGGAGCCGCACAUUUAUGCGGUGGCCGAUGUGGCGUAUCACGCCAUGCUGCAGAGGAGGAGGAACCAGUGCAUCGUGAUCUCGGGAGAGAGCGGAUCAGGAAAGACGCAGAGCACCAACUUCCUCAUCCACCACCUGACGGCGCUCAGCCAGAAGGGCUUCGCCAGCGGCGUGGAGCAGAUCAUCCUCGGGGCCGGACCUGUGCUGGAGGCUUUUGGAAAUGCCAAAACGGCCCAUAACAAUAAUUCCAGCCGCUUUGGCAAAUUUAUUCAAGUCAACUAUCAGGAGAGCGGGACGGUGAGAGGAGCGUAUGUGGAGAAGUAUCUUCUGGAAAAAUCCCGACUUGUUUAUCAGGAGCACAAUGAGAGGAACUAUCAUGUGUUUUACUACCUGCUGGCUGGAGCAAGUGAAGAAGAAAGAAAAGCCUUUCAUCUCCUUAAACCAGAGGAGUAUCAUUAUCUGAACCAGAUAACAAAGAAAGUCCACAGACAGCACUGGGGAAAUUACUGUGAGACCGAGCUGGACUGUUUCACGGUGGAAGGAGAAGAUCUGAAGCAUGACUUUGAGCGUCUGCAGCUGGCCAUGGAGAUGGUGGGCUUCCUGCCGAGCACCAGAAAACAAAUCUUUUCUUUACUGUCUGCGAUUCUUCUGCUGGGAAAUAUCCGUUACAAGAAGAAGACGAACAGAGACGACUCCAUCGACAUCAGCAACCCAGAGGUGCUUCCUAUCGUCUCCGAACUGCUGGAGGUGAAGGAGGAGAUGCUUUUCGAGGCUCUGACCACACGAAAGACGGUGACGGUGGGCGAGAGGUUGAUCGUGCCGUAUAAACUGGCCGAGGCGGGGACCGUGAGGGACUCGAUGGCCAAAUCUCUGUACGGCGCUCUGUUCGACUGGAUUGUCUUCCGCACAAACCACGCACUGCUCUACAACAAAGACCUGGAGGACUCAGACAAGAUCCUGUCCAUCGGUGUGCUAGACAUCUUUGGCUUCGAGGACUACGAGAACAACAGCUUCGAGCAGUUCUGCAUCAACUUCGCCAACGAGACGCUGCAGCAUUACUUCAACCAGCACGUCUUCAAGCUGGAGCAGGAGGAGUAUCGCUCGGAGGGCAUCAGCUGGCACAUGAUCGAUUACAUGGACAACACGGCGUGCAUCAACCUCAUCAGCAAGAAGCCCACCGCGCUGCUCCAUCUGCUGGACGAGGAGUGCAAUUUUCCGCAGGCGUCUAAUCAGACUCUGCUGGAUAAGUUCAAGCGGCAGCACGAAGGAAGCGGCUACAUCGAGUUCCCAGCCGUCAUGGAGCCGGCCUUCAUCAUCCGACACUACGCCGGCAAAGUCAAGUACAGCGUCAAGGACUUCAGGGAGAAGAACACGGAUCACAUGCGUCCUGAUAUCGUGGCUCUGCUGAAGAGCAGUCGAAACGCUUUCAUCUGUGGCCUGAUGGGAAUCGACCCGGUGGCCACCUUCCGCUGGGCCGUGAUCCGAGCUUACUUCCGAGCGCUCGUGGCCUUCAGAGCGGCUGGGAAACGGCAUAAGGAGAAGAAGACGACGACGAGCGGCUCUGAUGGUCCGCUUCAGACUCAGAAAAGUGUGGACAGCUUCAGUUUCCUGCAUCAUCCUGUUCACCAGCGGAGCCUUGAGAUCCUGCAGCGAUGCAAAGAUGACAAAUACAACUCGAGCAUGAGUCGGAGGAGUCCACGCUCUCCGCUGUCAGACCUGCAGGGAGCAAACAUGAGCAGGAGGAGCGAGCGCGUCUCCUCGCUCUCGUCUCAUGAGGAGGAGGGCAUCUUCAUCAGUUCGGUGGAUAAUAAGCUUCUGGAGCGAGCGCAGGGCAUCCUGAUGAGAAGCAAGAACUGCAAGACCAAGCCCAGCCUCCCGAAGCACCUGCUGGAUGUGAAGUCUCUGAAGUAUCUGAGCGGUCUGACGCUCCACGACCGCAUCACUAAAUCACUGCUGCACCUGCACAAGAAGAAGAAGCCCCCGAGCAUCAGUGCACAGUUCAACGUGUCUCUGAAUAAGCUGAUGGAGACUCUGGGACAGUCGGAGCCGUACUUUGUCAAAUGCAUCCGCUCGAAUGCGGAGAAGCUUCCUCUGCGUUUCAGCGACGCGCUGGUGUUGAGACAGUUACGCUACACCGGGAUGCUGGAGACGGUGAGGAUACGCCGCUCCGGAUACAGCGUCAAAUACAGCUUCCAGGAUUUUUCCCAUCAUUUCCGUGUGCUGUUACCCGCCGGCUUUCACUCCUCUCAGACGGGGAUCAGACAGUUCCUGCAGAGCCUCGACCUCGAGCCCAACGGACACCAAGUGGGCAGGAGCACGGUGUUCCUGCGGGAGCGUCUGCGUCAGCGUCUGCAGGAGCAGCUUCAUCAGGAGGUGUUGAGGAGGAUCGUGUGUCUCCAGAGGAGCUUCAGGACGCAGCAGGAGAGGAGACGCUUCUGCAGACAGAGACGAGCCGCCACACUCAUACAGCGCUGGUGGAGGGCGUGUGUGAGCGGCGCAGACGCUGAGCUCCAGCAGGGGGCGGCGGUGUGUCUGCAGACGGCCUGGAGAGGCUUCAGAGAGCGCCAGCUGUUCCUGCGGCGGAGGAGAGCGGCGCUGAUCAUCCAGACGUCCUGGAGGAGAGUCCUGCAGACUCGACACUCGGCCGCGCGCCUCAUACAGUCCGUCUGGAGGAGCGUCAGACAGAGACGCAGCUUCCUGCAGCAGCGCCGCGCCGCCGUCACACUACAGGCCGCCUGCAGGGGGCAGCGCGAGCGGCUCAGGUGCCGCCUUCUUCGAGAGCAGCGACGUGGAGAGAAAAGCCUCUGUGAAAACAUCACAAACAACACUGUGAGCAGAAGUUUACACGCCCCACAAAACCCAGCCGAAGCCCGAGAGGAGAAAGGAGAAGCUCCCAGAAGCGUGGACGACAGCACGCUGAGGAGCCGCUCCAAACGUGAAAGCAGGAGGCAGCGGGAGCUCCAGCAGGCCACCUUCAGUUUAGAGCUGCUCAAAGUGCGCUCGGCUUCAGUGGACGACGUGCUCCCCGCUCAGACCCCGCUCUCCAGACACCUUCCCUCCGAGAGCCACGACGAGAACCCCAGCCUUAAACCUCACUUCUACAUCGCAGACGAGGACAGCAGCCCGGCCGAACACGCUCUGGAGAACAAGGAGAACCAGGAGUCAGUGGUGGAGAUGGAGAAAGCUCUGCAGAAACCUGACACGAUCAACUCAGACGAGAGUCACAGAGAAACCCACGACAGAUCGAAUGGAUUGUGUUCUCCAGAUCCUCCUGAGCCUCAAACCAUCACGCCGUCGUCUUCCAAACCCCUCCAGCUGGACUCGAGGGACUCGGUUCGUGAAGCGUCUCCAGAGCCCAAGAAGCAGGUGCAGAAGAAGAUUAUCGCUCAGGGCGUCAGCAUGAAGGAGAAAGCCUUCUCUCGCAGCCGACUGACCUUCUCCAAGUCUGAUAAAGACCUGGUGAAUCAGGAGCGAUCACUGGCGAUCCAAAGAGAGGCAGAAUUCAGAUCGUUUAAACACAGAGAGUCGUCUCAGAAAGAGCAGAAGAGGAUCCAGAAGACCAUGUCGUCAGGGGACCUUGGGAAGAUGGAUUCGCUCAGGAAGUCAAUCUCACAGACCGACAGCAGGGUCAGAGGUAAAAUGCGGUUCUGGAGUAAGAGCAAACAUGGAGAUAAGAAGAUGUCCACCAGGGGGCGCUCCGCAGAUUCAGAGCUCAACGACGCGAGGAACGACUCUCCUCGGGGAAGCCGAGAGCAGGCCGGCCUGUCGGAGCUGGGACGCGACAGCAAGGAGAACCGUGAGCCGAUGAUGAGCAUGAUGUCGAUGAAGAGGAGACGCAGUGUGAAGAUCAGUAGCGUGUCUCUAGAAUCGUCCGCCUGGCAAAACGACUCGCUGCACAUCCUCACCAGCACUGCAGACUAUCGCAGCAUGAACGACUUCCUCAUGAAGAAGAUCAGCGAUCUAGAAGCAGAAGCCAGUCAGAAGGACACACCUGUGGAUGUGGUUUUCAAGAAGGCCCUAAAAGAGUUUCGCCUCAACAUCUUCAACUCGUACUCUACUGCUCUGGCCAUGGAUGAUGGCAGGAGCAUUCGUUAUAAAGAUCUCCACGCUCUGUUCGAACACAUCUUAGAGAAGAACAUGCGUCUGGAGCAGAGAGACUGGAGCGAGUCCCCCGUUAAAGUCUGGGUCAACACCUUCAAAGUCUUCCUCGACGAGUUCAUGACGGAGUACAAGCCAAUGAAUGGAACCAUUAGCAAGGCUCCUAAACCUGAGAGAAAGAAGAGGAGGAAAAAGGAAUCGGACACCGUGGAAGAGCACAUGGGUCACAUCUUUAAAUCCACUCAGUACAGCAUCCCGACCUACUGCGAGUUCUGUUCCUCUCUCAUCUGGAUGAUGGACAAAGCGUGCGUCUGCAAACUCUGUCGUUAUGCGUGUCACAGGAAGUGCUGUCUGAGGAUGACCACCACAUGCAGUAAGAAGUUUGACCCCGAGCUGUCUUCACGGCAGUUUGGAGUAGAGCUGUCUCGUUUAACGAGCGAUGAGAGAGCCAUCCCGCUGGUGGUGGAGAAGCUGAUCAACUACAUCGAGAUGCACGGUCUGUACACCGAGGGCAUCUACAGGAAGUCUGGCUCCACCAAUAAGAUCAGAGAACUGAAGCAGGGGCUGGACACGGAUGCGAACAGCGUGAAUCUCGACGACUACAACAUCCACGUGAUCGCCAGUGUGCUGAAGCAGUGGCUGCGUGACCUUCCCAACCCCCUCAUGACCUUUGAACUCUACGAGGAGUUUCUCAGGGCUAUGGGUCUGCAGGAUAAGCGUGAGGUGGUUCAGGGGGUGUAUUCGGUCAUCGAUCAGCUCAGCCGAACUCAUCUGAGCACACUAGAGAGACUCAUCUUCCACCUGGUCCGGAUCUCAUUCCAGGAGGAGACCAACCGCAUGUCUGCAAACGCUCUGGCCAUCGUGUUUGCACCCUGCAUACUGCGCUGUCCCGACACCACCGACCCGCUACAGAGCGUCCGCGACAUCAGCAAGACCACCGCGUGUGUGGAGCUGAUCAUCUGUGAGCAGAUGAGGAAAUAUAAAGCCCGUCUGAAGGACAUCAACACACUGGAGUUUGCUGAGAACAAAGCCAAGAGUCGCCUGACACACAUCCGGAGAUCCAUGAAACCAGUACUAAUUGCGGUUAGGUUUAUUGGCAUGUCAAGAAGUGUCCCUGCGCCAAACGCAGUGAAGAAGGGUAAGACACGUUUACGCAAAAGCGGCCUCCACACCCCCUCGCCUCCGCUGAGCCCUCGGGCCGAGAGGGAGGAGCCAGACGAGGAGGGGGCGGAGCCUGGGCUGAGUGAGCAGCAGCAAGCAGCGAUGCAGCAGGAGGAGAACGUUUUGACCCAGCAGAUAGAAAACCUGCAGAAAGAGAAGGAGGAACUGACCUUUGAGAUGCUGGCUCUGGAUCCCAGAGCGUCCGAUGACGAGAUGCUGGAGUCGGAAGCAUCGAUCGGAACGGCAGACAGCUCGGAAAACCUGAUGGAGUCGGAAGGUGCCGUGUCCGAUCAGUGGGAAAAGAGCCCCGGUGCGUCGUCAGCGACACGCUGGAGGAAGUCCGAGUCCAAAAGCAGACGUGGUUUACGCCGUCAGCCUGAAUCCCUGGACUCGGUGGACUCGGCCGUAGCCUCGCUGUCCUCCGUGUCGUCCACACCUCACUAUCGCUUUCGCUCGUCCUCUUCCGGGCCGCUGUUUUCCUCCACCUCUCCAGGGGACCUGCACAUCCUCCCCGACCAGGAGGGCUCCGAACGGGCUUCCCUGACCCCUCGAUGUGCCUCCAGCUCCGAGAAAACCCCUCCGCGGCCCAGAGGGAACCGAAGCUGUCCUCCGAAGCCCCGCGAGCCGGGAGAAGCCAGCAGCGGCCGGAGACGAGAGCGUGACUUCGGCUCUUCUCAGCCUUUGGUGCUGUACGGGAGUAACGAAUUUAUGGUGUGACGUCCAACAUUAGCCAGAGCUGGUAAAGCAGAAACACCAACGGAUGUCCUGAACGAGAAAAUGCUCGCUUCCAGUGAACUAAAUGUGAGGAAGGUGUUAAAGAUGAUGGGCUACUGACUGAAGCGGACCUGCUGGACCGGUCUGCUUUCACAACAAGAAGAGCUGAGCAGGGAACGAGGGAUUUUUAAUGUCCAUUUUCAUGUUUACAGAACUGAGCCAAUGAGAAGUCAAGCCACUUCCACUGACUGCAUGCCGUAUCGUUUUCACUCUACCAUUAAAACCUUUGAUAACGUGCUAAAUAUGUAAAAUAAUAUUAUAUUAUUGACAAGGGUGGAACGAAUCGUGUAAAUAGCUGAGAUCCCUGUGCUGCUGGUUGAACCAUGUGAAAAUAAUUUCUCUUUGUGUUGCAGAUCGAAAACUAGAGCGCGUGUGUGUGUGUGUGUUGUUUCUUAUGGGUCUGACAAAAACGCACACGAUUUGGGUCUAAUUUCAAUCGCUUUUUUGCAUAAUGCAAACAAAUCUUGGUUUUCUAUGCAAAAUCGGUGAAAUCUGACCCGUGCAUGUGCUUUAACUCACGUUUUUGGCUUUUUUUGGUUUCAGGAACACGUUUUCCAUUCAGAUGAAAAAGAAAAAGGAUGAUAAGGGAUGAAAAGUCAGAUCAGAUGUGUGUUUUUCUUUAAUUUACUCGCCAUCCUUUUUUUUUUUUUUUUUACAUCAGUGUUAUGUGCAACCAAAUCAGGACUUGAAAAUAUUGCUUUUUUUUUUUUUUUAAGUAUAUUGUGUUUUACACAUGCUGAUAUUUUAUUGUGAAUUUCAAGUGUAUGAAUAUUUUCGGUGUUUCUUUGUGCCAUCUGGAGUCACACGUUUAGUUUGCCAUAACAUCCUUUGAGUUUAAAAACUUGGAUUUAAUUUAGAGCCGAUUCAUUAUGAUUUUAACCCUUUAAACUCUCAUUAGUAGAUUAACAUGCAAAGUUAUAGCAGUAAAGUUAAUAAAAAACAAGGACAUGUAACGGCAAAAAGCUCAAAGCUUAACUAUAUAGUACAUUUAUGUGCAGGGAAUGUGUCUCCAGAAGCUGUUUACUCUUUUCGAUGUGCUGUUACAGAUAUCUACGUCUAUAUUUAUGUCAUAUCAGCCUAUUGCAAGAAACCAUCACCAUGGUGCAAUAUCACAAGAGACAUUAAGCUAUGUUUUUAUGUUACUGGUGAGUGUACUUGGGUACUGAACUUUAAGUCCACUAAUGCUCAGAAACAGGCGGUAAGAAGGAAACGGUUGUUUGUUGCGUCCUGCAUACGUGAAUGUAAUCACUGUAGCAUGCCACACUAUUAUCAGAGUUUCUAUUUUACAGCUACUGUAUUUAAGACCACGUUUAAGGCCGGAAACAUACUCUGUGCAAAAAAAAAACGCAAAAAUGAAUGCAGUCCCUAACGUAUUUAACAUGCAUUAAGAUGUAUGAGGAAUAUUGUGUGGAAAAGGUCUGUUAUCCAUUGCUUCUAUUGAAACGACUGGAUUUCGUCUGUAAAACUGCGCCGUGCAUGAGGAAAAGCCACUGGAAGUUUUUACUGUGUCUCCAAAACUCAUUAAGUUAUGGAGGCCAAAUAAAGAAAAUAAAAUAAUAACAUGCUUUAGUGAGUCAAAUUAAAAAGUUGAAAUUGACUUGUACUUAGUAAGAAUAUUAAGUUGUAAUUAUGACUUUAAAAGUUGAAAUGAUUUUAUACUGUGCUAAUUCAUAACUAUGAAAGCCGAAAUUGUGACUAAAUUAUGACUUAAUGUUAAAUCGAAAAAAAGGUCAAAAUUAUGACUUUAAAAUUAAUAAUUAUGAGAUAAAAGUUGAAGUUUAUAAUAUGUCGAAACUGACUUUAAAAGCUGACAUACUAAAUUGGAAUUAUAAUAAGUCAAAAUUGAGAUAUAAAGAAAAAAAUGUUUUUAAUCUCAUAAUUGACUUAGUAUGACAAUUUUAACUUAAGAUAAUAAUUUAAAAUUAUUUUAUAACUAUGCCUUUUUAUGUCAUAAUUUCGACUUGAUCAUUUGGACUUUUAAAAUCAUAAUUAUUCUAACUAUGUGAUAAUUAAGACAUGGUGGAAAUGGGCUUCAAUCGGAUGAGUUGCUGUCAAUUGUUUACUUGUUAAACCAGAUUUAGGUAGUUAGCAAUAAACAUGAUGGCAGGUUAACUAACGAAUCCUAAUUCUAUUUAAACUGUCACUCCACUGUGAGUGGAACUGAAAAAGAAGAAAACAAAGCAAAACUGACUGUUAUGGUGAUUAACUUUUGGUGUGCUCUUCAAAAUGCAAAGACACAUAAUUCUGCGUCGAUUAAAGCGUGUGCGCAUGCACUUGUGUAGAGUAUGUUUUUCAGCAUUUUGAGUAAUGUAAUAUCUUGCAUAUGAUGAUUAUUUUGUGUUGAAUGAUCCUGCUCUGUGUGUUUUGAUGGACUGACCGUCUCUACAAACAGAUUUGUGCUUUUGGAGUUUGUGUUUGUGCUCUUGUGAGCGCAGUUGUAAACAGUGCAAUUUGUGUAAUAUUUCUUUAAUGUGUAAAUGUAAGGAUGUAAAAAAAAACAACAUAAUCAUUGUCUUAUUAAAAAAUAAGAAAAUAAA